ACUCCAAAAGCUGACAUGUGCUCGAAGCUCGGGAUGGAUCUGAAGCGAACGAUGCUGCUGCGACUUGCCCGACGGGAUCCUAAGCUGCAUCCUGAUGAUCCAGCCAAGAGAGAGGCUAUCUAUAAUAAAUACAAGGAGUUUGUGAUCCCAGAAGAGGAAGCUGAGUGGGUGGGCUUGAGUUUAGAAGAAGCGAUAGAAAAACAGAGGCUCCUAGAAAAAAAGGACCCUGUCCCACUCUUUAAGGUGUACGCUGAAGAGCUUGUCAACCAACUGAAAGAACAGGCAGUACAGAAGCAGUAG